AUGCUGGUGCCCCCCGGGUCCGUGGUCGUGGCGCACUGGCACAAGAGCCCGGAGGCCCAGCGGUACUUGGGCGCGGCCCUGCGGCGGGACGGGCGCCGGCCCUGGGGGUUGCUGGAGAGGCCGGCGCUCGCGCCGCAAGCCGCGGCAGCCGACCCGGCGAGCUACAAGGUCUUUGUGUCGGGGAGGAGCGGCGUGGGCAAGACGGCGCUGGCGGCCUCGCUGGGGGGCCUGCCGGUGCCCUCGGCGCACCACGAGACGGCAGGGAUCCAGACGACGACUGUGUAUUGGCCAGCCAAGCUGCGUGAGAGUGGCAGGGCCCUUUUCUUCAAGUUCACCUUCUGGGACUGUGGGGAGUCCGUGCUAAAGAAGUUUGACCACAUCCUUCCGGUGAGCGAGGGCCCACCAGGCCUGCCGGGGCCAGCAAAAGGCUCUCCGCUGCACACAGAGAGAUGGGGAGGGGGCUGAGUCAGGUGCCUUCCUCAUGAGGGACCCUCUUUGCCCUGCAACUCCCAGGCCUGCGUCGACAAAGUGGACGGCUUUCUCCUUCUGUUCUCCUUCACGGACCGGGCCUCUUUUGAUGACUUGCCAAGCCAGAUCUCUCGCGUGACGGAAGGAGCCAAGAAUGCCGUCAGAAUAGUAAUUGGCACCAAGUUUGACCAAUUUGCACACACCGAUGUCACAGAGCGUGACGUGGCUGCAUUCUGCCACACUUGGGGCCUGCCGGUGUUGCGGGCAAAGAGCAUCAACGCCCCGGACAGCCGUGCCAGACUGUCAGAUGUGGCCCACCUCCUGAACGGGCUGGCUGAACACCUCUGGCGGCAGGACCAGCAGGCAGCGGGCCUCCUUCCCCCGAGUCCUGGCCCCAAAGACCCAGCCCCUGCUGCCCUAGCAGGCGGAUCGGCCAACAGUUCCUAG